AUGAAGACCGUUUCCUUAAAGCUUUUGUUAUUGGUUUCUCUACUUGUUGCUGUUGUCGAAAAUGGAGUUAGCAUUCAAAGUAAUGGAAGUUCUCUUAACAAAAACUCUUGUAUACCAACAUGCAGCGGCUGCGAAGGUGCUCGUGGUGGUCGUGGUGAUCCCGGUUCACCACCUACUUGUUGUAAGAAGGAUAGUGACUGUGAUAAGUAUUGCCCAGAGGGAGGUUUUUGCAGCAACCAAUGCAAUUGCGUAUGUAAAAUGGUUAAAGUGAUGAACUAUAAUAAUGUUCAAUGCCAAACGGAUAAUGAUUGCAACAUGAAAUGUUCAAAGCAAGGGUAUUGCAAAUUGGCAUUCUAA